AUGAAUUGUUGCGAGUUGGUUUUCGAUAGCAGAGAGUCGAAAAAAAAUUCGUGGCAAAAAAAAGGUUUGCAGAUGAUGCAAUUGCAUCAGCAGUCAACGUUAGCUGGCAGUGGAUUGGGUGGGGGUAUGUCGGGCAGUGGCGAUAGUGGCAUAUCAUCACGGACGAUGGUCGGUCAGGCACCCACCAGCCCUGAGAAGAGUUUCUUGACAAGGCAACGACAGUGUGGCACAUUCAAUAUAUCGAGGUGA